CAUUAGCCACCCUCGCGAACACAUUUGACACUCCAAACCUGGGAGUAGAACGAAGAACAUAAAUCGACAGUAAUUUCAAUCUCGACAAAUCAAAUCCAGGAACGAAAGAGACACCAUGAGACCCAUCCUCCUCCAAGGCCAUGAGCGGUCACUCAACCAGAUCAAAUACAACCGAGAAGGCGAUCUCUUGUUCUCUGUCGCCAAGGAUAAAGUUGUGUGUGCGUGGUUCACCAGCAACGGCGAAAGAUUAGGAACAUACAAUGGACACCAGGGAGCAGUAUGGACAGUGGACGUUUCACCCGACAGCACACUCCUAGCCACUGGAGCUGCCGACAACGCCAUCAAACUAUGGAACGUUCAAACGGGAGAGUGUGUCAAGACAUGGGAAUGGCCGACUGCGAUCAAAAGAGUUCAAUUCAGCGAAGAUGGCAAACAACUCCUGGCUGUGACAGAAAAGCGUAUGGGUCACCUCGGAACGAUUGUGGUGUACGACAUUCGGUAUGGUGAUGAUCUCACCGACCAGGCCAACGAACACAGUCUGCGCAUUGUCUGCGAGGACAGCAAAGCAACAGUUGCAGGCUGGAGUUAUUUGGACAAGUACAUCAUUUCUGCUCAUGAGGAUGGUACUGUCACUCAGUGGGACGCAAAGACCGGCGACUAUCUUAUGAGCCAGGAAGUUCACGAGUUCGACACAACCAUCAACGACCUCCAAUUCUCCCCCGACCGCACAUACUUCAUCACAGCAGGCAAAGACAAGUCGGCAAGAAUAUGCUCUUCGCGGGAUCUUGGCAUUCUUAAGACAUAUUACGCCGACACCCCUUUGAACACCGCCGCUAUUACCCCCAAGAAAGAUUUUGUCAUUCUCGGUGGUGGACAAGCCGCUAUGGAUGUAACAACCACCUCAGCUCGACAGGGUAAAUUCGAAGCACGGUUCUACCACAAGAUCUUUGAAGAUGAGAUCGGUCGUGUCCGAGGUCAUUUCGGUCCGCUGAACACUAUCGCUGUUCAUCCCCAGGGUAUUGCGUACGCCAGUGGUGGUGAAGACGGCUAUGUCCGGUCACAUCACUUUGACAAGUCAUACUUUGAUUUUAUGUAUGAGGUGGAGAGGGAACAUGCACGAAAGUGAGCUAUUGUUCGAUUUGAGGAGAACGAUGUCAAGUGUUUCGAAUCAAUGUGCAUGGGUCGACCUCCGUCGGUUAGGCCUGGGAUGAACGUUGGGGCACACACGGCAGCGUUCCCACAGUCAAGGCCGUGGUCAGGGUUGGGGGUUUGAGAGGAGAGUUUUGAGCGAACGGCCUUGGUCUUGGGCUCACGUCGCCAUUUCCCGUUCAUGCUCGACUAUCGCCAAUCCUAUGAGUCAUUUGCUGACGGACAGCCAUCACCAUCGCUUUGUCGUGCCAGAUCAUGCCCCUGUUCGACGUGAGCUGGCUCAGAUGUACAGAAGCAGGGCUUCCAAAGUGGCACAAAAUUACAGCCUUGUGACAGGGGUACGUCCCAUGAGAAGGGGAGCACUUUCGAAGUGCCAGAUGCUUGAGAGGGAGAUUUAUGGGCGUUUGACCUUUGCUGGCAAUGGUGAACCACUGCCAACUCACCCAUUGCCAGCGACAUGCUGGGUCCAAUGCUUGGAUGCUGUCCCAUCUGACGCGAAGAUUGGGGAUAUGAGUCAGACUAUGAGAGUUUCAGGCGCUGGUGGUAGGGAUGAGUCGAUAGGCAGUAUCGAAAUGGAUUCAAGACGAGACCAGAUGAGAUAAUGAGUCAAAACAAGACCAGACAAUGAACAGUCGCAUAAGCAUCCAUGCAAGGAUGCCUGAAUCUUUGAAAAUUGAUGAUCACAUGCAUUCAUCUUAAAUGGUCUUGAU